CAGCACUAUUAUCGAGGAAAGUCCAAAGAUAGAAAUUUCUACUUCACCUCCACCUAGCCCCCAACCCAACAAGUGAAGGAAAUAGAGCCCUCUUCUCAUCUUCAGCGACCCAAACGUAAAGCUGCGAUCAAGCAGCCGGCGGCGUUCAUGGACCUAUUUGGAAUAGGCGAAGAGCAGGCUAUGGCUACUUCUACGGUUGCAGAACCAUCCUACAAGAAAUUUCAACGUGAUUUCGAAUCGAAUCUCUUCGAUUCUCAGCCAGGCGAUCCACUACCGGACAUCGAUGAUAACGAGCCCAACUCAGGAGCUGCAUCUACUGGGAUGGAACACAUGUCCUCCGCACAACCGAGUUUCACUCCACUGCCUGGAAGUCAAAGUGACUCACAGUUGAUGCCUCAGGAAUUAUUUUCAGCCUCCGGGCAUGCUCAGGAGUCAGAAUCCAAAAGUCGCGGAAAGCGCAAGGCAUCUGACAAAGGUGACACAGACAUGCAGGAUGCAAAUGUUAUGGGCUCGAGACCCAGGAAACGUCAAGCUAUGGUGGAGCCGGAACUUGUCGGACCAAAGGAUGCAGCCAUGUCAUCUCACCAAACGGUAGCUGUCAGGGAUGAAUCCCAAACUACCAAGAAAACACGAGGUGGCGCGGCUGAGAACGGCGUGGACACUGAUUCACAAUUCCUACAUGCCAUGGCUACGACGAAGAGGGGAAAACGCACCGAAGACGAGUUCGAUCGGGAAUUCAAUAACCUCCGAAUAUCGAAACCGAGAAACGGCGAUGAAGUCAAUAUCGAGAGAGAGAGACGCCGACGCGAGGAACUUGAGGCUUUUGAAGAAAUGGAAAAGGAUUUCAAUGUGCACGGAAACUUCAUGGUUGUUAUCGAAAGUGACGAUUUGUUCCGGAAGGAUGGUGGGAAGCAACCUACUGUCCCAAGUCUUGAAAAUAACAUGCCGAACUUCAAGAAAUUUAAAAAGAAAGUUCCACCGCGACGGGCCGCGAUGGUGGAGAUCGUUCCAGACAAAACAAUGGACUAUGGUCAAGGAAAAGGGUAUUGGGAGAAAGAGAAGUCUCCAAUAGCUCCAUUAGAAGAGAGCUAUCCACCAUUGAGACCUCAAGCAAGGCGGGGUCGUAGUGGCGUUUCCCGUCCCCAGGGCCCCCGUCGUCCUUUGCGUGUGGAGGAUUCUGCGAGCGACGCAGAAAACCACUCUGACGUAUCCUUGCCCAAGCGCCUAACAGGCAAGGGUGGCGCACGGGCCAAACAAGCCCCGAAGGAGUACGAACCAAAUGAUUCUGAUUUGAACUUUUCCGACGUAGACACCAGACUCCCUGGCACUCUGCGCAGUUCGGGCCGAGCCCGACGGAAACCGCCGCCUGCCGCGGACGACGAAGACGAGCUCGAAGACUUCGGUGAUGUUCUGGAUGCUAUUGGACCUGACGUCAGUGAUUUAAACGAGUCGCUUCAAAGUCAGACCAUUAAGUCUAGUGCUCCAACCGCAAAACGGCCUCCUGCAGCUUCACCUCCAAAAGCACCGCCAGUGCCGUCGAUGCGGGUUACGAGAAGUGCUAGCCAAGCUCCUAGUGAAGACCCUGCUGCGAGUCAGGUAACGACCCGGUCAACUCGCGCCACCACCAGGAAACGGCCUAGAGUAAUGCAGGACUCGGAUUCGGACGGAGCUGGUUUUCACGGUUUCUCAGUGUCGUCCAAGCGCUCAAAGAGAUAAGAAUGGAAUAUUGUGUUUCGGCGUGAUGUGUUGCGCGGCGAUAUGAUCUGUUUGUAUAGCAUUCUGAUGCACACCGGCCGUGGUGCCAUCGGAUCACAACCUCAACGCUCGCGUGAAAUUGAAUUCGGACUGUAAAACUUUAAAGCCAAAUAUGAGGACAGGUUGUGUUCCCACCCUCGGCGUCUUGGUUCAAGGUUCUGGGUCUACUUCUUCCGAUGAAGAAAGAACAUUCGGACGUUAAAUCACCACCCCCACAUCACUUGGAGGAAUCCCUA